CAUACAAUAUAAAAGAUACAUUGGCUUUCUCACGUUAUUCCCGUACAAGCUAGAUACUUGACGAGAUCAAUGAUGCGAUGGAUUAUUGUCUUAACUAUCAGACGAUUGUGUAACUGCUUCCUUCGAACCAUACUUGUACAUUGAUAUAGUCGAGAGAUAAAACAAAGUACUUUAUAUUUGAGAGGGGAAAAAAUAUCUAUUCGAUUUACGAGAGAAAAACUUUUGAUACUUAUAUAUAUUUUAAAUCAUUGAUUAUUACACGUGAAUUGAAGUUAUAGGUAGAAAUUUAAAAGUUAUUGGAAGCAAUGAAUUUGUUUGGAAGAUGUGCUCGUCAGACAACGCAACCGAAAAAGUCAAAUGGAAUUUAUACCUGCAUUUAAAAAUUAUUUAUUUUUCUCUGAGUUUAAAUGUUGCACUCUGUGUACUUUGCCUUUACCUUGUUGGAAUUUCAUAUCAGUCAUGUGCCUCUCUUAAUUACUUACAUUUUGAUCAUGAAGACUUCCAGAUUAAACAUUCUAAUCACAGGAUACAUCGACAAAAAAGGGGGAGCUUUCGAUCAUAUAAAGAGACUUUGCAAGAAUGUGCAUAUCUAACGAACAUAUGCAAAGAACAGAAUUUAGGGCUGCCUGCGCUAAAAGGAGACAAAGGUGACCAGGGAGUAAGAGGAGAUAAAGGUGAAUUUGGAAUUUACGGAAUGACUGGACCAAGGGGACCCCCUGGUACAGCUGGACAGCCAGGAAGAGAUGGUGCUAAAGGUGACAAAGGAGAAAAGGGCCACGAGGGUUUACUUGGAUUUCCGGGCUUGAAAGGAGAAACAGGACCAUUAGGGAUAAAGGGUGACAAAGGAGACAGAGGAAUCAUAGGCCCUGGUGGCCCUAAAGGGUUUGGUGGACCUAAAGGAGAGAUUGGGGAACCAGGAGAAGAUGGCAUUCCUGGCAAACGUGGUCGAAGAGGUCCAGACGGUCUGAAGGGUCGAAAGGGAAUUAUUGGAAUAGAUGGCCCUCAAGGUCAUACAGGUCCAAAAGGUCAAAAGGGAGAGAAUGGAGAAUUAGGUGUACCAGGUUAUAGGAUCGCAUGUAAUUGUCCCAGUGGUGAAAAAGGAGAUAAGGGACAAAGAGGAUUAAUAGGUUUCACUGGAUAUAAGGGCGAUAAAGGUUCAGAUGGUCUGAAGGGUGACACAGGAUUUGGAUUAAGAGGUCUGCCAGGCACUCCUGGUAAACCUGGGAGUAACGGUGAUACCGGAGACAAGGGGUCAAAAGGAGCUUGUGUUGUUUCUUCCCCCUUAGCAAUGGAGAGUUGGAGAAUCAACAGUGAUUCUCCUUCAUCAGCCGUGCAGUCAGUUCGCAAACUUAAGAUGAUUGGAAUACCGCUUUUUCUAAGACGUUCUGGACCAGUGAUUGGUAGUUGGAUUCGAGAUUCCGCGUUGCCUAAUAACUAUUAUGUGACUUAUGACUUCUAUGGGAGUUAUGUGUAUCAAUACACAUCUACUGAAAACUUUAAGUCAGACAAGAUUGAUAGAACACAUGAUUUGCGACGUUAUCAUUACUAUGGGAAUAGUCACGUGGUGUUUAAUGGUUCUUUAUACUAUCAUAGAUCUGGUGAAAGUACAAUUGUAAGGUUUGACUUGACACAUGGAGCCAUUAGCACGGUCCAAAAAAUACAUGGUGCGUCUUACAAUGAUAGUAACUAUUUAUAUGCUAAAAGUCAUGUGUAUUUUGACCUAGAAUUUGACGAAAAUGGAUUAUGGGCCAUAUAUAGAAAGCCACGUGAUGAAAAAGGAUUACAUAUCAUGAAAAUUGAUCCCUUGACAAUGCAGAAUAUAAAAACAUGGCGUCUUGAAGUUGAUCCAACAGAAUACGGAAAUGGAUUCAUUGCAGGUGGUAUUCUGUAUUUGGUUAGAGACAUCACUAAGACGAAAUCAACACUUGAUUAUGCUUAUGAUCUAUACACAGAUAAACAAUACAAAGUUCCAACUCCAAUGUUCAGAAAUCCAUACAAGUACAACACAAUGAUCAAUUACUUUCCUAGAAAUAACGCCAGAGAUAGUCGAUUACUCGCCUGGGAUAACGGCGUACAGAUGGAAUAUGCACUCCUUUUUUGAAACACAUAGUCUAUUAAAGCAUGUAAAUAAUCCUUUAUUCAUACAGGUGCACUUUUCGAUUUUGUUUUACUCAAAUAAAUUUACGACAACAAGAUAACAACAAAUAAAACUAUUUAGAAUUGCACCAGAUAUUUAAUUAGAUUAUUUUUUAUAUAUAAAUAUGUUGAACUAUAAACCAUGGGGAAAGUAAACUUUUUGAUUCAAAUGUAUAAAGAUUGUUAAUGGCUUGGUUGUAUGCAUUUUUUUUAUAUAAUGUGAUGAUUUGCAUUUAUUUAAUCAUGAAAUGUGAUUUUUUUUCUGCAUAUUAUACGAGAUGCUUAUUGAAAUAUUUCUAUUCAUUUGAUUGUUUUUUAUGUAAUAAAUUUUAUAAAAACAGAAAGAAUAGUGUGUUUGCCUGUACAUCAUUAUCCAAACAAUAAGUUAUAAUUUUGCUGGAGUUUCUCAUCGACCAUAUUGUUAACUUUGGAGCUAAGGUUUUCCAGUCAUUGCUAUAGGUGCCAGUGUAUACCUGUCCUGGUCGACCUUAUCUUUCUUGUAAAAAAAACAAGAAUAUCAAAGAAGAUAAUUUAAACAUAUUAUAUGUAUAUUGCUGAUGUUCUUUCCAUUAUCAUUCGAAACCUUUUUGAGUUGGUCUUAUAGUAAAUAUCCUCCCGACAUAGAGAUGAAAGACACUACAGAUACAGCUUCAUCAUUUAGAUAUAUUCAGGGAAUUUGCUUCAACGGUCAUCUCAGAAUCUAAAUCCCUCAUGCACAAUAUUAUUAUAAUUUAGAAAUUAUAUAUUUUCCUCACUCUUAUCACCAUUAAAACAAUUUUCCCCGCGUAUAGACAAUACAUUUCUAAACUCACACGUGUUCCCCCGCGUAUAGACAAUACAAUUCUAAACUAACACGUGUUCCCCGCGUAUAGACAAUACAUUUCUAAACUCACAGUGUUCCCCCGCGUAUAGACAAUACAAUUCUAAACUCACACGUGUUCCCCGCGUAUAGACAAUACAUUUCUAAACUCAGUGUUCCCCCGCGUAUAUACAAUACAUUUCUAAACUCACACGAUAUUCAAGAACACUUGCAGAAGCUUCUUAGACUUUUUUAAAAUGUUGUCGGUGUAUAA